AUGAUUGAAGACAACUUCCCGGAUUUUGCCGAGGUAGCUCGGGCAUUAUGCAUUAAGAAGGAUUUGAUUGAGUCCACUCUCCGAAUUAAGGGUAACACUCAGGGCCUUCCGUUUAAGUUCAUGUUCGAGAAAGCCACUGUGUUCAUCAACAACGGAAGUUGGGACGCCUUCUAUGCUAGAUUUUCACUACUCAUUUAUGGCCUGGUAUUAUUCACAAGUUUUGAAGGUUUCGUUGAUAAGACCGCUAUCACCAUCUUCAUUUCCCAUAACCCAGUUCCUACACUACUAGCUGACAUUUUCUUCUCUUUUCAUUGGAGAAACACGACGAAGGGUGGAACUAUCAAUUGCUGCAUUGCUCUACUUCACAAGUGGAUCAUGUCCCACUUACCUAAGAAAGGACCAUUUGUUGAUAAUGUGGGUGCUUUGAAAUGGUCACAAAGGUUGAUGUCGUUAGAUGUUGAAGACAUCAUCUGGUAUAACCAUGAUUAUUUGGGGGUAGAUCUAAUUUUCCGCUGUGGGGAGUUUCCGAAUGUUCCACUCGUCAGCACUAAAGGGGGUUUAAUCAACUAUAACCCUAUUCUCUCAUUGCGUCAGUUAGGGUAUCCACUCAAGGAAAAGCCUGAGGACCGCAUAUUGGAAGAACUACUUUUAGUUGAAGGGGUUGAAAAUCCGGAUCUAAUGAAGAAAGUGAGCAGAGCCUGGGGCAAGAUACAUAUUAUUGGAAAGAAAGAAUUGGGAAAAUAG